AAAGUUAAUUUUCAGAAUUCGCCGGUUUUAUGUCCAUGCCGAAAAUGAGUGAAAGAGUGAUAAUUGGUCGUGACCUCUGCAAUUCUAGCGAUAUUAGCAAAACAUUAUCUGAUGCCAUUGGAAAGGGUUUCGAGUUUGUCUGCGUUCCUUUGGUUCAUCCAAGAUUUAAGCGUGAAUUUUUCAACUCUGAAACAGCUCUUAAAGAGCGUUUUUUACCGUUAACAAGAUCAGAUCUGACUCUCAUUUCUCAAGAAUGGAAUAGUAAUGUCGUAGGCAAAAUUUCACCAUGGAUUGAUUUGGAUUCAAAAAUUGAACAUGUCCGAUUAAACUCAGAAAAAGCUUUUCAUGAAGAAGUUAAUUACGCUCAGCAUUUGGCUUUAAGCUGCAUAAUGAUAGACUUAAAAAAGAGAAAUUGCCUAAAUUUAGCCAAAAAUGUGUUGCAACACAUUAGCAACAAGCUAACUCCUACGAUAUGGAUAAGAGUGCCAUUGGUAAGUCGUUCGAGGAACAUGAAUUUAUUUGGAGAUGAAGAUUUAACAGAAGAAACUGAAGAUCCCUGGGAUAGAUGGAACACUUUACAUUUAACUUGCAGCACGAGUAAAAGAAUCAGAUUGGCUUUGGAGCUUACAGCAGACCUACCUGAUACUGAAGGAAUUUUAAGAUGGACUGGAGAACCCGUAAAUGCUCUAAUUAUUCCAACUUCUGUUUUCAUUUUAAAUAAAGCCAACUAUCCAGUUUUGAGUAGCGUGCACCAAAAAGUCGUUCAAAAAUUUAUGGCCUUGAACGUUCAGAUAAUUAUAACAGGGUACCAUAGACACUCUGUUGUGUCUUUCAACACGUAUUUGCAAUAUAUUCAGCAUUUAAAAUCGAAAAUGCCGGCGCCUACACCUAUUGAAGAGCAUUCAAAAGGCUUCGAAGAUUAUCUACAAGACCCUUUACAGCCUCUAAUGGAUAACCUUGAAUCAGGAACUUACGAAGUUUUUGAAAAAGAUCCAAUAAAGUACAAACUAUAUCAAGAAGCAAUUUAUCACGCAAUUAGUGACAGAGUAACUGCAGAUGAAGCUGACACAAGAGAAACAGUGGUUAUGGUGGUAGGAGCAGGCAGAGGUCCUUUAGUUACCGCCUCUUUAAUAGCCGCUAAACGUGCACGACGUAUAAUAAAAGUUUAUGCCAUUGAGAAAAAUAAAAAUGCUCUAGUAACUUUGAGGAAUCUCGCUGCUGAUGAUGAAAUGUGGCGAGGACGUGUAACUGUAAUAUCAAGUGAUAUGAGAACAUGGGAAGCAACUGAGAAGGCAGACAUUUUGGUAAGUGAACUUUUGGGGUCUUUUGGCGACAACGAACUCUCUCCUGAGUGUCUUGAUGGAGCUCAGAGGUUUCUGAAGAAUGAUGGAAUUUCAAUUCCUGAAUCGUACACCUCCUAUCUAUGUCCUUUAUCCUCACCAAAAUUAUUUGCUGCAUCAAGUUCAGCGUCUCUACCUUUCAAACAUCCUCAAUCUGGUUUAGAGACCCCAUACGUUGUCCGGUUGUUAAAUGUGAACUUAUUAGACAAGCCUAAACCGUUAUUCACUUUUCACCAUCCAAACCACCAGAAACCGAUCGAUAACACACGCUAUAAAUCUGUUAGCUUUCGCAGUCCAAAGAAAUCUACAAUCCAUGGAUUUGCGGGCUAUUUCUUCAGUACAUUGUAUAAAGAUAUUUAUUUGUCAACUGUGCCAGAAUCACAUUCAGAAGGAAUGUUUUCCUGGUUCCCCAUGUUUUUACCAAUUCGUCAACCAGUAGUCGUUGAAGAGAAUGGUACAAUAUCUGUUACUUUUUGGCGUUGUCAAUCUCCAAGAGAUGUCUGGUAUGAAUGGUGUUUAACAGAGCCAGUCAACCUUGGAAUUCACAACCCCCAAGGAAAUGCAUAUAAAAUAGGACUAUGA